AUGAAUCCGAAAGCUAACAUCGCCUAUAAUGACCAAAGUUUUACGAGAUUAUAUCUUUUGGCGAGAAAUCGCGUCCGAUUUAAAGGUCCAAUUCAAAAUCGGGGCAGCUCAUACUCCACAAAAACAUCGUUAGCAACCCACAAAACAAUAUUCUCGGGGAUACAGCCAACUGGUAUACCGCACUUGGGUAAUUAUUUGGGAGCUUUGCGUGAAUGGGUUCAAUUACAAAAUGGUGCCACAGAGGGAACAAAAUUAUUAUUCUCUGUAGUUGACCUUCACGCAUUGACAGUGCCUCAGGAUGCCCCCCGGUUACGAAAUUGGAGGAAGGAAAUGUUCGCGACCCUUCUUGCCGUGGGCCUAGAUCCUGCAAGGUCGGCGAUAUUCUACCAAUCCGAUGUCCCCGCACACACCGAAUUGUUCUGGAUACUGAGCACCGUGGCCUCUAUGGGGUAUCUAUCACGUAUGACACAAUGGAAGAGCAAGCUUCAAUUGCCGGAGAAUACAAAUCUGGAAGACUCGGCAGCAAGAUCGAAACUUCGGCUAGGCCUAUUUUCAUACCCCGUUCUCCAAGCAGCAGAUAUUUUAGUCCACAGGGCUACACAUGUUCCCGUAGGAGAGGACCAAAGGCAGCACCUUGAAUUUUCCAGAAACACUGCAAAUAGCUUUAAUCAUCUCUACGGGUCCAUUUUCCCCUUGCCUGAGGCGCUCAUAUCACCCGCAAAACGAGUGAUGUCUUUCAAAGAACCAACUCUGAAGAUGUCAAAGUCUCACCCAGAUGAACGGUCAAGAAUCUUGCUCUCCGAUACCCCAGAAGAGAUUCAUAAGAAAAUCAAGGGCGCACUCACGGACUCCGAGCCGCAGCUCAACUAUGACCCAGAUAAUCGUCCAGGUGUCUCUAACUUGAUUGAAAUUCUCGGUCACUUUGAAGGCAAAUCACGCGAUGAAGUAGUGUCGGAAUUUCAGCACUCAAGCCUUCGGGCUUUGAAGGAACACGUUGCUAACAGGGUUGCUAUUGAUCUUCUUCCGAUAAGGGAGAAAUAUUUUGCGUUCAUGGAAAACAAAACUUACCUUGAAGAUGUUGCGAACCAAGGCAGCCAGGCUGCGCGCUCCAAUGCUGAAGCGACCAUGACACAGGUCAAAGAAGCACUAGGUUUGUGA